GCAACGCCAAACUGAUGACAGAUGGAAACAUGAUCUUUACAAGGAUGAUGAAGGGCCUCAAGUUUCAACAAAAGUUGGUGCCAAAGAUCUUCGACUGAAGCUUCAGAAAAAAGACGUGCAGCAAGUUUAUCUAGGUGGAAAGGAAUCAGGAGUACGAGAUCUUCGUGAAAAACUAUCUGGCACAAUGAACCCACAGCCAACCAGUACUGAUCCGCCCAAACCUAAGCCGGUCUCUGAAAUUGUUAAAUGCGUUCAAAAAGCCACUCGUGCUGAAGCAACCGUAGCAGACACUAAAAAUGUCCCUGCCCCAGCUUCUUCUAAGAAGCAGUCUAAGCAAAAGUCUGAGUUUUCGGUGGACAGUUUAUUGCGGUCUCUGGGUCUAGAGAAGUAUUCAAUAACAUUCCAGGCAGAGGAGGUUGAUAUGACAGCUCUUGUGCAUAUGACUGAUGCAGAUCUAAAGGCUUUAGGGAUUCCAAUGAUAUAUGCAGUCUUUUGACAUCGCUUUCAUUUGGUUGGUUUUAGGGUCCAAGGAAAAAGAUACUUCUGGCCUUGGAUUCUAGAGCCUAGAAGUGUGGGCGGUGAGAUUCUAGAGCCUAAAGUGUGGUGGUGAAAAACCGUUCGAGGCAAUUAUUUGUUCUGUUCUUGCCAGUAGAAUGUGAUCAAAUCCUUCAUCAGUGGAGUCAGUUUUCCACAUUGGCCUGUUCAUUUAUGUUCUUUAACUCCAGCAUCAAUAGGUGCCUGACGAUGAGAUUUUGUGCAAAGCCCGUUUGUAUUAUAUAUCUUAUAGGUGCAUUCUGAUGAACAUUUUCAUGUUAACUAUAUUCUCGAGUCUCUCUCUCUCUCUCUCUAAAAUACAGACGCAUACACAAAUGCACAUGCACACAAUCUGAUACAAUGUCAUUUUGCUGAUGGGUGGCUGAUGCUGAUGGCAUUCUGAGCCUGCAUCUUAUUCUUUUCAAGUUUGAGUGGAGGUGCCACCUUUCAGGUUCAACCUAAAUCUCUCCCAAUUGCAUGUAUUAUAAGGUCUGAUCGGCACCCUGAUUCUGUACAAAGUCUUGCUUUUUGGCCAUGUA